AUGAGUAAAGACGAAACAACUAUAAAAAAAAUGUUGGUCGAUCACAAGAUAGAUGGUCCCCUGGCGGCAAAGGGAUUUGGUCCUAAAUAUUCUUUGAGAUCACCUUCUGUCCCCAAUUUGCAUGCUAAAGUAUACACUGAGUAUAAUAUGAGUGAUCCAACAGUCGGUAAUGCAACUGGUGGACAAGGCACAUCCAUAAAUGAGGAAGAUGGAACAUUGAGUGUUAUCGAUAUGUAUGGUGAUGAUGAUAAUGAUAUUGAUGACAUUGUAUCAUCUAGGGCAAUUAAUUUGGGGAGCGGGAAUGAUGAUGGAAACGAUGCUGACGAUUUGAGAAGCAGUACACAAAGUGAAAAUAUAUUCAAUACUACUUCUAUUAAUAAUAGUAUUGAUAAGCCUAAUGGUACUGGUACUGGUAAAAAUGUUCAACAGGACGCUCAACAUAAUGAUAGAUAUGGAUUUAAGAAACAAAAUAACUCUAUUUCAGAAAGUGAUUAUGAUAGAUGGUGGUUAGAUUAUUCGAAAUAUUGUAUCCGUCGUAAACAUAAAUGGCAACUAUUGUUGGAAAAAAGUGGUUUACCUAUUGUUGAUGAUUCACCUAUACGAUUCCCUCCAAAAAGUGAAAAAUUGAAGAGGUACGUAAGGAAAGGUAUCCCUGCCGAAUGGAGAGGUAAUGCUUGGUGGUAUUUUGCAAGAGGUCAAGAAAAACUAAAUAAACAUAAAGGGCUAUAUGAUAAAUUAUUGGUAAAGGUUGAUAAAAUGACAAGUCAAAAUAAAAACGAUAAGACGUAUCCAGAUUUAGAUAUUAUUGAACGUGAUUUAAAUAGAACUUUCCCUGAUAAUAUUCAUUUUCAAAAAGAGGUAUUCCAAAAUGGGGAACCCCCCAUGAUAAAAUCGUUACGUCGAGUAUUGGUUUCAUUCUCAUUAUAUAAUCCCAAGAUAGGUUAUUGUCAAUCUAUGAAUUUUAUUGCUGGUCUUCUACUAUUAUUUUUGGAUGAAGAAAGAGCUUUCUGGAUGCUUGUUAUCAUCACAUCUAGAUAUCUUCCCGGAGUACAUGAUAUUAACUUGGAAGGUGUAAAUAUUGACCAAGGAGUUUUAAUGCUUUGUGUGAAAGAAUAUUUACCUGAAAUUUGGACUUACAUUUAUCCCAAUCAUUCGGAUACAACUGUCGAUACAGAAUCAAAUAGAAGAACGAUGUCAUCUGUCCCGCAUAAAACACAGAGCAGUAUGAUGAAGAAUAAUUUUCUAUAUAAACUGCCGCCAAUCACCCUUUGCACAGCAAGUUGGUUUAUGAGUUGUUUUAUUGGAGUACUCCCCAUUGAAACUACAUUGAGAAUAUGGGAUUGUAUGUUUUAUGAGGAAUCCCAUUUUUUAUUUAAAGCUUCUUUAUCAAUUUUAAAACUAAGCGAACAUGAUCUUUUGAAACAUACGAAAAAGAGAUACCAUUCUAGCAGCCGAUUGCCAUACAGUAUCACAGGUAGUAAUCAUAACAGUUCUGGUGACUUACUCAAUAAUAAGAUGCAUCAAGAUGAGAACGACAUGGAAAUUUUCCAAGUUAUUCAGACUUUUCCUAAAAAACUGUUAAAUCCUAACGAUAUAUUUGAUAAAAUAAUCUUCAAGAAGAAAUUCUCAUUCAACAGAUUAGAUCAAGAGGAGAUCGAUAGAUGUAGGAAAUAUGUCACCACCCAAAGAAACAAAUAUAAACGUUACGUGGAGUUAAUUGGAAAUGAUGAUAAAACUAGCGAAGAAUCGUCAGCCACAUUGGUUAAUAAAGAAAAUUUAGAUAAGACACAAGAUGCGGACGAUAUAAUUAAUGGAGCGUUAUCAUCUGAAGUAUAUGGAUUUAAGAGGAACCUCACUGGUGUCCAUUGGAAUAAUAGUCUGAAAGAGAAAGUUAGACAAAUGAAGAAAAAGAUAGAUGGAGAUGAAUGA